CUGUUGUUGUUUCUGUCAUUGUAGACGCUAUGAAGUCCAUGCCCCUUGGUAGCAUGCAGUUACCAACCAGUACCAUGGGGUCCCCGUCCAUGGCAAACCAGGGUCUAAGCUCACCUACGCUUUCAUCACCUGGCCUACACUCAGGAAUCACAGAUUACCGUCUACACUCGCCGCCCAUGCAGUCACCGACCCUAACCAGUCAGGGUUCAAUGGAAGAUAUCAAGCCAAUCAUCAGCUCUCAACCAUCCUCCUUACCCCUCUCACAAUCACAGGUAUCCAGUAUGACGGGCAUGCAUGCCCCUCUAAACAUCAACGUCCAGUUUCCCCGGGACAUUUUACAUCUCAACGUGCAGGGCCACCUACACAACCCGUUCUCACAGCCGGCACAGUCGUCGAUAAGCCCUGGCUCCAUGCCCGGCACUUCCAUCAACAAAAGCAUCUGUGCUGUGUGCGGAGAUAGAGCGUCAGGUAAGGUGCCCUCUGUGUCCAAAUCAUGUGCACUGUAUGUCUUGAUAUGUGAAUGUUGCUGUGUGCUUGCUUGUGUGCAAUUCGGUAUACAUGUUAAAAAUAAUUUGUUCUAUUUUUUAUAUGUAUGUUUACACAUGCAUCGGUAUUCUACCAGAUAUGUACCUUUCAUUCAUUGUUGAAUAUUCACAAAUAUA